AUGUGUGACAUGAGAACUCUGUAUCUGUUCUUAUGCUGCCUGGUGCUGCAGGUGGCUGAUGGAGAACUGGACUACAUCUCCCAUGGAGAAGGGUUACAUCUGCAGGGGGACUUAUCCAUCAUUGGGCUCUUUCCUCUUCACUACACCAACCAGCCAAGUGCCAGUUUGCCUGCUUUGGGUGCAUGCAAAGAAGGCCGAUACAACAAGCAUGGCUUCCAUAUGAUGCAAGCCAUGAGAUUUGCCGUGGAAGAACUCAAUAACAAGAGCGGAGCCCUGCACUUUCUGCUGCCAGGAGUCACACUGGGCUACCAGCUGUAUGAUAUAUGCUCAGUGCCAGCCAGUGUACUGGCCACACUGGACAUACUGGAAAAACAGUACCACGGAUCCACUGCAUCAUGGAUGACGACAAGGAACACAGAAACUGUCGCUGUGAUUGGUCCAGACAGCAGCAGCAAAUCUUUCACUCCAGCUGCUCUGCUGGGUGCUUAUCUCAUACCACAAAUCUCCUACGAGGCAUCAAACAAAAAACUGAGCAACAAGAUCCUCUACCCGUCCUUUUUCCGCACAAUUCCCAGUGACAAGAACCAGGUGGAGGCCAUGAUCCAGCUCCUGGUUCAUUUCAACUGGACCUGGAUCGCCCUGCUGGGCAGCGACAACGACUACGGCCUGGGUGGCAUGCAGAGUCUGUCCCAGUUGGCUCCACACCACAACAUCUGUGUGGCCUUCCAGGGAGUCAUCCCAUCCUACAGCAAAGAAACUGUCAAGGUCAUGAGGAACAUGGUGGAGGGCAUACUGAGGGCAAAAGUCAACACCAUUGUGGUGUUCUCCAGUAAGUCCAAACUGAGCGGCUUCUUCCCUUUUGUCGUGGAGCGUAAUGUGACAGGAAAGGUGUGGAUAGGUACGGAAGACUGGUCAGUAGCCACUCUCAUAUCUGGGAUCGCUGGGAUCCACACCAUUGGCACUGUGCUCGGCAUCUCCAUUCAGAAUGCGGACAUUAGUGGCUUUCAGGAGUUUGAGAAGAAAGUUGUGGAGGCUUCUCUGCAUCGUGGUGACAGUCAGCCGGGGUCCGGCAGCCAUGUUUGUCUGCAGAGCACAGAUGUGUACAGUCUGGCCAGGAACAACUUCACUUUGGAGAAGUAUGACAUCACCUCUUCCUUCAAUGUGUACAAGGCGGUGUAUGCUGUAGCCCAUACUCUCCAUCAAGCUCUUCACUGUGACUCUGGACACUGCUUAGUAAGGAGGGUGCAGCCGUGGCAGCUCCUGCCAUUGCUUCGAGAUGUGAGAUUCUCUCUGAAAAACACCUCUGUGUACUUCGAUGAGAAUGGCGACCCUUCUACAGGAUAUGACAUUGUGACCUGGAUUUGGAGAGGGACAGAGUGGUCCCUCAGGGUGGUGGGCUCCUUCAGCCAUGAUCCCGUUCACCUCACCCUUGAUGAAGGCGCCAUUGAGUGGGACAGCAUGGGGACAUCAAGAUUAGUUCCACUGUCCAUCUGUUCUCCACCCUGCCCAAAAGGUCACAGCAAGUUGAUGAAAGGCCAGCAUGCAUGUUGCUUUGACUGCCAGGCGUGUCCUGCUGCCACCUUCUUAAACAAAAGUGAGCCUACUGAGUGCCAGCCGUGUCCCUUGGAGCAGUGGGCUCCCCCAACCAGCGAGCAGUGUCACAACCGUACAAUCCUUCUUCUGGCCUGGGAUGCCCCCCUCUCCGUGGCCCUCCUUUUCUUCCUGGCCUGCUGCCUUCUGUUGACCUCAGCCUCGGCCACCGUCCUCCUGCUCCACCUCCACACUCCCGUGGCCAAGUCCGCUGGGGGUCGCACUUGUCUGUUGAUGCUAGCUGCCCUGACAGCCGCCUCUUUGAGCACCCUGUGCCAUUUCGGUCGCCCCUCCAAUGUGGCCUGCAUGCUCAAGCAGCCUCUGUUCAUGUUCAGCUUCACAGUGUUUCUGGCCUGCAUCACCGUGCGCUCCCUGCAGGUGGUCUGCAUCUUUAAAUUGGCCUCCAAGCUGCCACCCGCCUAUGACAAGUGGACCAAAAAGCAAGGGCCUGAGUGGACUAUUUCCAUUAUGUCGGCCAUCAUCUUGUUCAUUUCUGUAACUCGUGUGGCGAUUGACCCCCCUGAGCCAUCCCACGAUGUGGACUUUUAUAAGGACAGCAUUGUCUUGGAGUGUAGCAGCACCUUGUCGCAUGGCUCGGGCUUAGAGCUGGCUUACGUGUCCCUGCUCAGCGUGGUCUGCUUCUUCUUCAACUACAUGGGCAAAGACCUGCCGGCCAACUACAACGAGGCCAAAUGUGUCACCUUCAGUCUCACAGUCUACAUCAUUUCAUGGAUCAGCUUCUUCACCAUCUACCUCAUCAGCAGAAGCCCCUUCACCAUGGCUGCGCAUGUUUUUGCCAUACUCUUCAGUGUGAUGGCAUUCCUGGGGGGAUACUUUCUGCCCAAAAUAUAUAUCAUCCUGCUCAGGCCGCAAAUGAAUACCGCAGCUCAUUUCAAGAACUGCAUUCAGAUGUACACCAUGAGCAAACAAUGA